GAGUAUCAGAAUAAACUAAUCUAUUUAGUUCCUGAAAAGCAGUUGUUAAGUGAAAGAAUUAAAAAUGCUCAACUUGAAAACACUCAAAGUACAGGAAUCAGUUCAGUGCACGAAAAGUCCCUAGAAAAGAAAGAAUUAUGCCAAAGACUUAAGGAACAACUAGAUGCCCUUGAGAAAGAAACUGCUUCUAAACUGGCUGAAAUGGAUGCCUUUAACAGUCAGCUUAAGUGUGAGAAUAUGGAUGAUUCUGUUCUUCAGUGCCUUUUGUCUCUGCUAAGCUGUCUCAACAACCUCUUCCUCUUACUUAAGGACCUGAGAGAAAGUUACAGCACACAGCAAUUAGCCUUGGAGCAGCUCCAUAGGAUCAAACAGGACAAAAUAAGAGAGGUGGAAAAAAGAAGAGCUGAACUUGCACAGAAAAAGCGACUAGAAGAUGAGGCUGCAAGGAAAGCAAAAUGGGAGAAGGAGAACCAAUGGCAGGAAAACAUCCGAAGGGAAGAGGAAGAGAAAAAGAAGCGAUUGGAGGAAGAACGAAUGCAGGAAAAAGUUCAAGAAAAGCUGAAAGCUGAAGAAGCAAUUGCUCUGAUGAUUUUUAAACAACAGUUUUAUGCAGAGGAAGAGAAAAAUAGGCAAGCCACGAUUUUGAGGGAGACAGAACAGAAAAGGCAGAGGCAACUGGAAGAAGAUAAAAGAAAGCAGGAACAAAUUGCAAGAGAAGCUGAGGAGAGGCGUAAGCAGAACGAAGAAAUAAAGAAGAUAAAAGAAGUGACCAACUCUCAAGAGAUGGAGAAACACACUUCUAAAUUAAACAUAACUGAGAAGUUUGCAGAUCUCUUGAAACCAACAGAGGGUAAAAGUCUUAAACCACCCUGGAAAAAUGAAGGCACUGCAUUUAGUGUCUCAGAGUCUAGGAAUUCAGUUGCCUUGGUAAAUUACAGAGCUUUAUAUCCAUUUGAAGCAAGGAAUCAUGAUGAGAUGAGCUUUAAUACUGGGGAUAUAAUUCAGGUUGAUGAAAAAAAUGUGGGAGAGCCUGGUUGGCUUUAUGGGAGUUUUCAAGGACAUUUUGGUUGGUUUCCAUGCAAUUAUGUAGAAAAAAUACCAGAAGGAGAAAAAUCUUUAUCUCCUAAGAAGGCCUUACUUCCUCCCAUAGUAUCUUUAUCUACUACCUCAGCUGCUUCAGAACCACUUUCACCAAGUAAAUCUGCAGAAGAAUCUGAUUACCAAAACAUCCCUUUUUCUAGCCUGAAUGUUAAUACAGCAUGGCAACAGAAAUCAGCUUUCACUCGCACUGUGUCCCCUGGAUCUGUUUCACCCAUUCAUGGGCAGGGGCAGCCUGUUGAGAACCUAAAAGCACAAGCACUUUGCUCUUGGACUGCAAAAAAAGAUAACCACUUGAAUUUUUCAAAAAAUGAUAUCAUUACUGUCCUGGAGCAGCAGGAAAACUGGUGGUUUGGAGAGGUACAUGGAGGAAGGGGUUGGUUUCCAAAAUCAUAUGUCAAGCUUUUACCUGGGAGCGAAGUCAAGAAAGAGGAACCAGAAGCUAUUUAUGCAGCUGUAAACAAAAAGCCUAAUACACAGUCUUACACAGCAGGAGAGGAGUAUGUUGCGCUCUAUUCAUAUUCAAGCUCUGAGCCUGGUGACUUGACAUUCACGGAAGGUGAGGAAAUCCUAGUGACCCAGAAGGAAGGGGAAUGGUGGACUGGGAGCAUUGACAGCAGAACUGGAAUCUUCCCCUCCAAUUAUGUCAGACCAAAGGAUCAAGAAGCUUCUAGUAAUGCUGGCAAAACUGGAACAAUAAAUAAGAAACCCGAAAUUGCUCAGGUUACUACUGCCUAUGCUGCCUCUGGAACUGAACAGCUUAGUCUUGCCCCAGGACAGCUGAUACUUAUUCUGAAGAAAAACGCUAGUGGAUGGUGGCAAGGAGAGUUGCAGGCAAGAGGGAAAAAGAGACAGAAAGGAUGGUUCCCUGCCAGCCACGUGAAAUUACUGGGUCCAAGCAGUGAAAGAACCACAUCUGCUGCUCCCUCAGUGUGUCAAGUGAUAGCAAUGUACGAUUACAUGGCCAACAAUGAAGACGAGCUCAGUUUCUCCAAAGGGCAGCUUAUCAAUGUACUGAACAAAGAUGAUGCUGACUGGUGGCAAGGAGAAAUCAACGGUGUGACAGGUCUGUUCCCCUCAAACUAUGUGAAGAUGACCACGGAUUGUGAUCCAAGUCAGCAGUGGUGUGCUGAUCUCCAGAGCCUUGACACUAUGCAGCCGAUGGAGAGGAAGAGGCAGGGCUACAUUCAUGAGCUCAUUCAGACAGAAGAAAGGUAUAUGGAUGAUCUCCAGCUCGUCUUAGAGGUUUUCCAGAAACCGAUGGCUGAUUCGGGCUGCCUCACAGAUGCAGAAAUGGGGCUCAUCUUUGUUAACUGGAAGGAACUCAUCAUGUCAAAUACAAAGCUACUGAAAGCCUUGCGAGUGCGUAAGAAAACAGGAGGAGAAAAAAUGCCAGUGCAGAUGAUCGGGGACAUCUUGGCAGCAGGGCUCUCUCACAUGCAGGCCUACAUUCGGUUCUGCAGCUGCCAGCUUAAUGGAGCUUCGUUGCUGCAGCAGAAAACUGAUGAGGAUGCUGAUUUCAAAGACUACUUAAAGAAACUUGCCUUGGACCCUCGCUGCAAAGGAAUGCCCCUCUCCAGUUUCCUCCUGAAACCUAUGCAAAGAAUAACCCGCUAUCCUCUGCUCAUAAAGAGUAUUCUAGAGAACACUCCAGAAAAUCACCCAGAUCACAGUAACCUCAAGCUUGCCUUGGAGCGUGCGGAGGAGCUGUGCUCUCAGGUUAACGAAGGGGUGCGCGAGAAGGAGAACUCGGACAGGCUGGAAUGGAUUCAGUCCCAUGUCCAGUGUGAAGGCCUUGCUGAGCAACCUGUGUUCAACUCCCUCACUAACUGCUUGGGACCACGGAAACUCCUGCACAGUGGCAAGCUGUACAAGGCCAAGAGCAGUAAGGAGCUGUACGGCUUCCUUUUCAAUGACUUCCUCCUGCUCACCUACAUGGUUAAACAGUUUGUAUCUUCUGGCUCUGAUAAACUGUUCAGCCCCAAGUCCAACUCCCAGUUCAAAAUGUACAAAAUGCCUGUUUUCCUUAAUGAAGUCCUGGUGAAACUGCCCACAGACCCUUCAAGUGAUGAGCCAGUUUUCCACAUAUCGCACAUUGACAGAGUUUACACACUUAAAACUGACAACAUUAAUGAGCGUACUGCCUGGGUCCAGAAAAUCAAAGCAGCAUCUGAGCAGUACAUUGAAACUGAAAAGAAGAAACGUGAAAAGGCUUAUCAAGCUCGCUCACAGAAAACCUCAGGAAUAGGACGUUUGAUGGUGCAUGUGAUUGAAGCAACAGAACUAAAGGCCUGUAAGCCCAAUGGGAAGAGCAACCCAUACUGUGAAAUCAGCAUGGGCUCUCAGAGCUACACUACAAGGACCCUGCAAGACACCUUGAACCCCAAGUGGAACUUCAACUGCCAGUUCUUCAUCAAGGAUCUUUAUCAGGAUGUCCUGUGUAUCACCAUGUUUGACAGGGAUCAGUUCUCACCUGAUGAUUUUUUGGGUCGCACUGAAGUUCCAGUAGCAAAAAUCAGAACAGAACAAGAAAGCAAAGGCCCCACGACUAAACACUUACUGCUGCAUGAAGUUCCAACAGGUGAAGUGUGGGUCCGUUUCGACCUGCAGCUCUUUGACCAGAAAACACUCCUCUAAGAACACUUUUUAAUUUAUGAAGGACAACUGAAGCUGAUGGCCUCAACUGCUUUUCUGCAAAAGAUGCCUUGCCCCACCUGGUUAUUAAGCAAAUUUUUCCAUAUUUCCUCUUAGUUCCUGGUUGCAUUUAGCUCCUUGCAGCGUUCAAAGUUGUUGUUGAUCUAUGCAAACACAAAUGUUACUGUAUAUACAGUUCUGUAGCUCAGUGCCUUUUCAUUAUGUUGGGAUAUCUUGGGUUUGGAUGCCACUGCUUCCAUUUUCAGGGCCCUAGGAAGUAUUCACUAGAAAUGUGGCAUCAAGACACAUGUAUAUUUUACCACUUAGUCUGGCAUACAGACUGAGGAAUGGUUUAAGCUCAGCACUAGAAUCAUUCCAUUUGAAAUCUGCAAAGUGAUAUCCACUGGAAUCUUCCCAUCUCAGGAUGAUAGUUUUAAAGAUUAAAUGCUGAAGAAGCCUUAGCACUGGAGAAUUCUCUGAUAUAUUGUAUAUUCUUUAAGAAUCAAGUGUAGUUCCUUACUUGACUUAGUUCUGCACUGAAAUCAGUAACUGCUACUUGAUUUUUCUUCCUGCUUCAGUUCGAUUCCUCAUUCUCUGCUGAGACAAUGUGGUUGUGAAGAAUAGCUAGAAAAAAAGAUAUUUUAAAUACUGUGACCCACAGUAAUGUGGCAAAAUACUCUUCAGCCUUUGGUUUUUUCCUAAAUGUAAGUUAUUUGUGUACAUUUCCUUGGUCUUACAGACCUCCAAGUGAAUCUUGAAGCUUUGACAUUGCCAACAUGUAUAUAGAGAGUAAAAUAUAAGUUUAUUAAUGUAAUUUGUCUACAGAUGUUUAUUGAUGCAGUGAUUUUUAAGAAGUAUAUUUUAUUUUACAGGGGAAUGUGAAAUAAUGAGAAAAAACUUAGAGGAUUAAAUUCAUGAAGAGUUUAUUACAAGUUGAAAGGGUUUGCUUGGGGGAACUGGCACCCCAAUAUGAAUCUGUAAAAUGAGAUUGGUUGAAAGCAAAAACUUCCUCUUGUCAUCAAAAUCAGGGAUGGUUAAACAAAAGAAGAGUUUGUUUAUAAAGGGUUUGAUACAUUGUAACCAUUUUACUGCCUCCUUAAACUGC